AGGCUGCUGUUGUUUACAGAUCAUCAUGACGUCCGUUCAACCUUACAGACCACGUUAUCCGCACCAGCCUGUGCGUUCCCAGCGACCCUAGUGAUACCGUUCCAUUAGAGUGGACGGCGGAGCAGAGAGGGAGUUGAGAGAGAGAAGACACGGGGUUGCGUUCUCGGUCGGUCAGUAUCGUAUACGAAGUAUACGCCAUGUAUGGACUUCUGCUUGAAAACAUCCACGACUUCUUCAAGAGAGUGUAUGGUGUGGACAUAUGGAGGAACAUCAGAAAAAGGGCAGGUAUCAGGGCUACCAGCUUCGUUCUCAACCAUUCCUAUCCAGAAACUUUCCUUCUGCGAAUAUCGACAGCAGCAUGCGAAUAUACAGGAGAAACGCAGGGAGAUCUCAUGUACGACCUUGGCGUAUCUCUUCUGAACUUUUACAUGCGAAGCGGGUACGAAAAGGUUCUCAAGGUAUUAGGCCGUAACAUUGCUUCCUUUAUGAAUGGCCUGGACAAUGUUCAUGAAUACUACCGCUACAAAUACCCGAAGAUCAAGCCGCCCAGCUUCUCCUGCCAAGAAGAGUCCAGUACCGGCAUCACAGUGCGCUACCGGAGCAAGCGGCCGGGCUUCCUACAUAUGGUGAGGGGUCUUCUCAAGCAGCUCAGCAAGCAGUUCUUCGAAAAAGACGUAAAAGUUGAAGUACUGUCUGAAGAGGUUAAGUUGGAAGAAAAUGCAGGGGUUACUCUCGUCCACUUCAGAGUUCACUACGACAACACUUCUACAAUAUUGCCGGCGUUCAAACCACCCAAAAACUUCAACGAGGUCUAUCCCGUGAAAAGCAAAACCUUCUUCAAGCUCUUUCCAUUUCACAUCGUAUUCGGUCGGGACAUGGUCAUCUUCAAAGUGGGACUAGCACUGCAAGAGGUCCUUCCUGAGCUGCUAGGGGAGCGAGUAAAUGACGUGUUCUUCGUCGUCCGACCACAACACAUCGAGUUCACCUGGGAUAACAUUUUGCUGCAUUCCAACAAUAUAUUCGAACUGAUAUCUGACAGCCCGGUAGAACGCAGGAAUGUCGCAUUGCCAAGCAAGGAAAAAGUUUUUAGUAAGAGCAACAAACCUCGUGGAGUGAAAAUCGAAAACAUCGAUUCAACGACUGUGAAGGUGAAAUGGAACCCGCCCAAGUCUCUUACACAACAGCAGCAGAUUCAUGGUUAUCAGGUCUACUACCAGAAAGUGACGCCCACUGGCGAGGCCGUGGGUAUACCGAUGCGUGUAGAUGUGUGGAAUACCAAAACCACGGAAAUCUCUGUAAGUAGUUUGGAGCCAGGUGCAUCGUAUGCUGUUCAAGUUGUCGGCUAUACCAAGCUCGGAGAAGGGGAGCGCAGCGAAGCCCAAGUAGCAACAACACUCAAGGCACCCGAGAUCGUGCCUGUUCCAGUUGACGCACCAGAACUGAAAGAUGGAUCAACGGAUCCUCAGCUUCAAGCUUAUCAGUUGACAAGUGGUGACCAAGAGGACGACUCUGAGGAUCUCAACAAACUACCAUCUUCUCAUCAAACUUCAAACCGAAACAAAAAAGCCGGUUUCUCGACGGUCCUAGAUUUACUAAAGUGGAGUGGAAAUUCAAACUCAGCUUUGGGAUGGUCAGACGAUGCUAUGAUGGGGCUGGUGGACAAAACAGACGAUGUGGAGCCAUCCAAACCGACCUCCAAGUAUUUAGGCCUAAAAGGGCAGAUGAAGUACAUGCCUGAGUGGGACGCUGUGCUCUUUGUGGGCACACCAGUUAUGGAGAACCUGGAAGACCUGUUCAACUACGGACUGUACCUGACUGACUUGUGUAUGCACGACUGCACAAGAGAAAUGGUCAUCAAUGGUACCCAGCCAUCUGUGGAGUUAAAGUUAGCUGUAAACAAGGAAGCCGAGACAAAUGACGAGCUGACGGAACUGGUCAGUAAAAUUGAAAAAGAGAAGAAAAAGGCAGACGAGUUGCUGUACAGCAUGAUUCCCAAGGCUGUUGCGGACAGACUGAGGAACGGCGAACCGGCGGUCAAUGAUAUCUUCCAAGAGGUGAGCGUGUUGUUCUCCAACAUUGUUGGCUUCACGGACAUCUGCAGCCGGGUCAAACCUAUGGAGCUGGUAACUCUUCUCAACGAUGCCUACACCAUCUUCGACAAUCUGACUGAACAGUAUAAUGUCUUCAAGGUGGAAACUAUCGGAGACGAAUACAUGAUUGAGUCUGGAGCGCCCAUCCCCACCCAAGCGCACGCCUUUGACGUUGCUGACAUGGCACUGGCUAUGCUCAACGCUAUUGGGCAGCUGAGUGACCCAUGCAACGGCGAAACCAUCAAAAUCAGGAUAGGAAUGAACUCUGGGCCUGUUGUUGCCGGUGUUGUGGGUCUGCGAGUGCCGCGGUACUGUCUGUUCGGUGACACGGUCAACACAGCGUCCAGAAUGGAGAGUACAGGAGCGCCAAUGACUAUCCAGAUAACCGGAGCAGCCAGGAGAUACCUAAAGACAUCCUACAUUAUUGAAGAGAGGGGACUGAUUUCUGUUAAGGGAAAAGGGAAAAUGAAGACCUAUUGGCUGAAGAUACGGCGAGAGAAUGAGGAUGAGGACGCCGAGUUCGACUCAGACUCUUCCGACUCCACCAUCAUCCCAGCUCCUCAGGGUUUGGCGGCUCAGGAGCCUAAGACCAAAGACAAAUGUAAGGAUGCUUCAGAAGAUAAGAAAAACAGGAAAGAAGGAAAGAGGGCCAUGGUUGACAACGACAUGUUCCUGGAUGGAAGUGGCGAAGACGUUCUUCAACCUGAGACGAAACAUGGUAGUCGUACCAAGUUGAGUCAGGUCUGUAGUCUGAUGUGA